AGUGCUUCUGAGGAAGAAUUAGAGAGAGGGAGGUUGGUGGUAGCAGCACUGGAGGUUAGGGUGUACACUUUAGACAUAAACUGUUCACACGGUCCAAUUCCGAACGCGGUCUUCUCUUGAAGAUACCCAGAGAGAUACCUCGCGACACUUUGGCGGAGUACAGACCUGACGGACCUGCCAUAGCUGGACCAAGCCAUUGGACCUAGUAACCGCACUGGUACAGCUGGGAGGAUAGUGAGAGAGAGAGUAGACUACUGCCGUCUCCAUCCUCCUCUCUGGGACCUGCUUGGCCCAAUGAUGCUGGUGCUGUGGACAGCUGUUCUGUUGGGUUUGAGCAGGUGGUGUCGAGUAGCAGCAGCAUCUCCCGGUGGUGACCCCUGGGCCCAGUGUCCAUCCAGACAGUGUAAGGCCACGUUUGGAGAUGGGUCAUGUGAUAAAGACUGCACCGAGCCUGAGUGUCUAAGGGACGGGUUCGACUGUCUGAGGGACAAAGGACACUGCAACUCAGGCCACAUUCACUACUGCCGAGACCACUAUGCCAACUCUUACUGUGACCAGGGCUGUGAAAGCGCCGCCUGUGGCUGGGACGGGAGUGACUGUCACAGGCACCACAGCCCUCUGUGGGCUAAGGGCACCCUGCUCCUGCACACCCACGUCCCCCUGCAACAUGGCACAUUUUCCAACAGUUCCCUUCUCUGGGCCCUCAGCACCCUCCUGCAGACGCCCCUCAAAUUGCGUGGCAUGGUGCCCCUUGACCCCAGCAAGGACCUCUUCACCUUUAAUCCCCAGCAGCUCGAGAACCUGCUGGCUCAAGCUUCCUCGGAUGACUCAAAUGGCUCUCUCCUAUUCCUGCAAGUGGAUAACAGGCCGUGCUCCCAUCUUCCUUCUACCUGUUUCCCGUACGCCAUUGAAGCAGCUAACUUCCUGCGGGCUGCUACGUCGUCGACUCGUGUGUCGGUCCCCUCUCACCCAGAAUUAAAGGCCAUUAUUAGUGUAAGAGGAGUUGGGGAGGAAAUAGGGGGGAGAGAGGAGGACCCAGUUGAGGAAAAAGAGGAAACUAAUGGAGCAACACCUCCAUGGCUAUGGGCUGUGAUCGGCGUGGCAACGGGCCUGGUACUGGCUUUGGUCUUGAUGGUUGUCUUGGCGAUCAGAAGGGUGAGACGACGACGAGCGGAGAGGGAGGGAGGAGAGAGGGUUAGGCACAGAUCCACUGUCACUGAGAAUGACAGCGGAGCCAAUGUGGCCAAGGCAUGGGCACAGCACACACCCCACCGAGAGCAGAGGGGCAGGACAGGGAGAGAGAAAGGCAGGAAUGGGAUAAAGAAGAAGAAAGCAAAGGAGGCUGAGAAGAAAAGACGCAGAGAUCCACUGGGGGAGGAUGCCAUUCGACUGCGGCCCCUGAAAAAGGACCUGGAUAUUGGAAGUGACACUGACUUUACACAGAGCUCUAUGGAGGACAUCAACAGGUCCAUCUGUGACCACCGGACGCAAGAGCAGAAGCACUACCGCAGCCCUCCGAGCCACCCACAAUCACCCACACAACCUCCCCUUUUAGCUCCCCCAAGAGGAUGGGAGAGAAAUGCUGUCCCGUUGACACAUCACAGAACACCCAAUCAAUCUGGUUCGGUUCAGUGGUGUGGUCCAGAUGGGUCAGUUGUCCUGAUUCGUGCGGUCCGGAGUGGGCUUGACCGUGUGGUUCUGGAGCUGCUACGAGCUGGGGUGCCGGUCAACAACACCGACCACACUGGGAGAUCAGCCCUCCACUGGGCAUCCUCAGUUAACCACCUCUCCUUGACAAGAACCCUCACUCGCUACGGUGCUGCUGUGGACCUACAGGACAACAAGGGUGAGACUGCUCUGUUCCUCUCCGCCCUCCACGGUUGCUACGACACCGCCCGGUUCCUGCUCCUAAACGGGGCCAAUCAGGAUCUGUCUGAUCGCAGAGGACGCCGGGCACUGGAUGUUGCCCGAGAGGGCAUGCAUCAUCAAGUCUUGGAGCUCCUAUUGGCUCACAGGUUUCAGAGAGGGCCUAUUCCUAUGGAGCAAGCCAAUGAUAUGCUGUGGGAUGAGCGUGCCUUGCUGUAUAGCCAAUGGGUGAAUUCCCCUGGGCUCCCUGGGAGAAGUGCCUCCUUCUCUGGUGUCAUAGGGCAUCGGGAUAUGUCUUCGCCUCCACCAAGUGAUUGGUCAAUGGGCAGAGUGCAGUGCCCUUCCCCUCAGAACUGGCGGCCACAGCUCAACCAAUCAGUGACCGCACUGGUCACCCCAAGAAUCAUGGGGCGUCCCCCACGGCCAAUCAGCACUCUGCAGGAAGUUACCUCAGAGGACGAAGAUCGUGAAAGGCCCCAGAAAGUCCCAAGAGCAGCGACACCGCACUUCCUGUUACCCCAGCCUGCUCCUCGACAGCGGUCCUUCUCCUGUACCCAGAAUGCAAUGCAGCGUCGCUCCAGUUCACAGCAGCCCGAACCGACUUAUGUUGCCUUAUCAGAGAAAAUUGCCAAUGAGCCCAUAGAAAGAGUGAUCGUAGUCCCUCCUACAGAUGUUCCCAUCCAAUCAAAUCGUAGAUCAAUAGUCGAUAGUAGCGAUAACCCCAACAGGGCGGCGCCAGAGAUUGAAACAGCAAGUUUUAAAAAGGCAGACCAGAAUGCCCGAAAUGAGAAGCUAAAUAACCACAUGCCCGACUCUAAACAAACAGCUUUGUAAGGGAGAGAGCUCUGCUAAAAUGACCCCAAAUACCAUGUCAAUCAUGUGCUGUUUACAUUUUCUGUAACAGGCUCCUUGCCCCUAAAUAACAGCAGAUUGACAGACGGGAUAUAAACUCAGUCAAUAAAUGAGUAACUUAAUUUACUCUAAAUAUCUAAAUCAAUAAACUAUGAAAUGAU